AUGGAGUUGGACUUGAGCCCAGGCAGCUGGGCCGCAACCGCGUGGCUGCAGUUCCCGACGAAAACAGCCCAAUUCCCGAGAGAGGAGCACCUCACCAGAUCCCCACCGUCCGGGUCAUACCUAUCCACGUCGAAAUCAAUAGUCACACUGGCGGGACUUUGCUCUAAGAUCCUGUACUCUUCUCCACACAAUCCCUCCUCCGAGUCCAAUAUGUCUGUCCUAUGUGGAGUCACAAACAGGAUGUCCCGGCCCGCGACCACCAUCCGAGUCAUGGGCACGGGGAACGCUUUACGGCGAAUCGUACGGGCUACGACGAGUGAUAAAGAAGCCACCGAUGGUUGGUUGCUACGCGCUGUCAUCUUCGUUGAGCCAUUUGAGAAGCACAGAUUAGAUAGAUGUGAUGUUCUAAAGUCUACAAGAUCACAGCUAGAACGUGAGAUGGCAUUGGAGGAUGUGUCGAAU